GAGGAUUAUUAUGAUGUAAAACCCAAAGUAUCUUAUUUUUAUAUCUUUCUCUUCGUUCUUACUCUCUACGAAACCCUACGGCAACAUUAUGUGAAGAAAUCUAUGUAACAAUUGGUAUCAGAGCCUGGUUAAGAGCUCAUCAUACCUGACGGUCAAGAGAAACCACGAAAAGUUGCUCAAGCAUGAGGAGCGGCAACGACCGAAGCCAAACGAAAUCGCCACCGUGGCAGAGGGAUCCGGGAAGCUUCAACAAGACAUUCGAAGCAGAGAUAUCGUUGCAUGCCUUAGCGGGAGUGACCGUGAUGCCCACGAUGCGCUUCGCUGCUAGGUUGCUUGCUGUCGACGUUAUGGUCAUGGUUUUCAACGGAUCCUCGCACAAUUUCAUCGACAAGGACCUGACGUUGGCGCUAGGGUUGAAAGAGCAAGAGAUCAAGCCAUUCACGGCUAGUGUUGCGAACGGCGCGCCCCAGGGUUGUUCUCGCAUGUUCCAGUCUGUUCCGAUAACAUUGCAAGGACAUACAUUGGCAGUGACAUUGCUCGGAUUGCCCUUGAAGGGUCUCGACGUGGUUUUGGGAGUCCAGUGGCUAUGGACGGUUGGACUAGUGACGUGCGAUUGGCGAAGGAUGACGCUGAAUAACCAUGACAUGGGAGGCGAACGUGUCUUCCAAGGCUUGCACCGGCAGGCCACGAUCGGCGAAAGGCAAGAGGAAGAACCACCCACGGAGAUCAAGGAAUUCUAGCAGGUUAUGCAGACUUGUUUACGAAACCCGCAACCCUACCGCCGUCACGGAAAGUAGAUCAAAAGAUUCAAGUCAAGGAAGGACAUGAGGUCAUCAAUGUCCGCCCCUAUCGAUACGCGCACUACCAGAAGGUCGAGAUCGAGAAACAGGUGGAGGAGAUGUCAAGAACUGGCCUUAUGAACGAGUAUGAGCCCCUUCUUAUCUCCGGUGCUUUUAGUAAAGAACAAAGACGGGGAACAUGGAGGUUUUUGCUAUGGACUACCAGGCCCUCAACGAUGCUACAGUUGAGGAUCGCUUUUUGAUAUCUACGGUGGACGACAUGCUUGACGAAUUAUAUGGGGCCCGAUACUUCACGAAAUUAGAUCUACGAGCGGGGUACCAUCAAAUUCAAAUGGCAGAGGAGGAUGUUCACAAAACUGCAUUAUGAACGCAUAAUGCCCAUUACGAGUACCUGGUAAUGUCGUUUGGAAUUUGUAAUGUCCCGACGACCUUUCAGGCGGCCAUUAACGAUAUUUUUUAGGCCAUUUACAGCAAGGACUUGUCAUCACACGUGACUCAUUUACGGGAGGUGUUCGAGAUCAUCCGGCAAAAUCAGUGUUACCUUAAUUCGUCGAAGUGCUCCUUCGAAAGGAAAGAGGUAGAAUAUUUGGGUCAUAUAAUUUAUGACAAAGGCGUGAAGGUGGAUGCGAGCAAGAUAUGAGCCAUGCUCAAAUGGCCGGUUCCUAUAACUAUCACCGCACUACGAGAUCCUUGGAGGUACAGGUUAUUAUCUGAAGUUUGUGCGAGGGUAUAGUACGAUAGCCAAGCCCUUGAUGAAACUACUGAAAAAGGGCGCGUUCAAGUGGUCGAAUGAAGCUGAGGCCGCCUUCAAUGCCUUGAAGGUGGCGAUGACGACUACUCCCACCUUGGCAAUGCCCCACUUCAGCCUAACUAUAUUGGUUCGGAUAUUUAUAUAACUCUUUACUAACAACUUACAACACAACUAUGUUGGUUCACAUAUUUAUAGUAGUUUGUACAAAAGAAAAUGUUAAAUUCUUCGUAUCCUAGACUAUGAAAGAAGGUUAUUCUUUGUUUUUCCAUUUUUCAAUUUUAAAAGAAAAUCGCAUAUCAAAUUAUGUAAAAGUUUAGAAUUGUGUAAUCGACCAACUAAAUUCAUGUUUUUUCAGUUUUUUUAUUUUUAAAAAUUAUAAAAAAAUUAUCAAACAUAUUAUAAACUACAAAUUAAAACUAUGUUAUUUGUAGUUGUUAAUGACUUUCUAUCACUGCUAAAAAAUAGAAUACAAAAUUUUAUCUAUGAUAAUUUUUGUUGUGUAAGUUACAUAAGUCAACCAUUAAAUAAAAAUAUAAUGUUAUGUGUUGUGCAUUUUCUUAUAACAUAUUAUUAAUUUUUUGUGAUUAAUUGCAUCAAAUAUAUUUUAUUUGGUUAAACAACUAAAAUGUUUACAAUUUGAGCUCCUAAGUUGCAUGAUUAAAUUUUAGCUAUGAUGAUUGAUAUACAUGUUUUGUUGUGAUUAAUAACAUCAAAUAUACUUUAUCCAAUUGGUUGCACACUUGAAACUAUGAUAGUUUGAGCUCAUAGGUCACAGAAUCAAAUCUUUGUCAUGAUGAUUGAUAUACAUGUUGCUUUAUUUUAAUUUAAUUAAUAAAUUAAAAAUGAAACUAUGAUAGUUUGAGCUCAUAGGUCACAUGCUCAAAUCUUUGUCAUGAUGAUUGAUAUACAUGUUGUUUUAUUUUAAUUUAAUUAAUAACUUAAAAAUGAUAAAAAUGUCAAGGAAAAUUGUGAAUUUUUUUUUCUUUUUCCGACGUAGCAAAAACUUUUUCCACAACGGUCAUAAUAUAAGUUAAGAAGACACACCAUCUUUCUUUUCCAAGUAAUAAGACCAACUCUAACCUAGUGAGCUAAAAAGCUAUAAACACUUUAUAGCUUUUUAUUUCACUCCAACCCACCACAUUUUAGCUUCCCUAAAAAUGGGUAAUGGCAAACCAAAAGCCAUAUAUGGCUUCCCAAUUGACUAGCAGCCAAAAUAUGUGAGGGAGGAGGUGGACCCCAUCGACGGGUUUCGCCUUUAUUAUUAUUUUUAAAUUUUGUUUUAAAUCUAUGAUUGGUUGACGGAUUGUGAAAAGCUAAAUUUGGCUUCUAGUAGGUUUGGAGUAAAAAUGUGUUUUGUGAAGCUAAAAAUGCAUUGUUGAGAGUUUGGAAAGCUAAAAAUAGCUUUUAGAGUUUGAGUUAGUCUAGCAGAGAGAAAAGUUAGAAAUAAACCGCUACUCAAUAACCCCAUGGAAAUAUUUUAGUCAAGACAUCCUACAAAAGCAAAUGAAAUUGGCUCAAAAGUGGAGAACAACAGGGCUUUACGUGCCACUCUAUGUGGAGUUUAUUUGGUAGUUCGUGAAAUCGCCCUAAAUACUAUAUAAUAAGAAUAAUACUCGACUAGCUGAAUAUACUCCUAAGCAUAGGACCUCCAAGCGAAUCCACCACCACCACACUUGGCUAAGUUGACGGAUCACUACUUUAGAAUCAGCCUCUCAAAUAAGACGAUACACACUUCUUGAGGCCACAACGAAAAUAACAUCUCUACCAGUAAGCAAUUCUUUGAUGUAGGGAUCGGACACACCCUGGUAAAGGAUACCAAGAGCUAACAACACAUGUCCGCCCAAGCCACGCUGCUGACACAGAAAAAAGUGUUAUUUUAUACUCUUCUUUUAUGCUAGGUUUUGCAUAGUUUUCAUAUCUUUAGUAGCUUAAUUGAUUGGAAAUGCUUGCUAAUCAUUCAAAUGUGCGUUUAGUAGCUCAUAGGAUUGCAUCUCUGGUAUUUUCCAUGUGUUCUUAGGCCAAAGUAUCCUAAUGGGAGACAUCAAAGCCCAGCUGCUAUAGGUCAGAAAUGGACUUUGGUGAAGCCCGUAAAUUGGUGUAGAUUUCAAGAGGGACGAGCCAAAACUUGGUGUCGAUACCGCCAUUUUUGGAGUGUGUCAUCUCAAUCCAGAUUCGAGAGAAUAUGCUAUACUUUGUGGUUAAGCUGGAGAUAAACAUAAAGGAUUUGGCUGAAGGAUUUUCUACCCUACUUUUUAUACUAGAAAAACAGCCAUAAUUAGACCCCUUUGACUAGAGGGACAAGUUUAUAUGGAGGUUACUCUUUUCUAGUCUUAGUGUAGUUUUAUUUUAUGAACUCUUUACUUUACCAAGCAACUCGAGGGGCACCUCAACCUCAAAGUUGGGUACCUCAACCCGAUGUCAAAUCCAAGAAAAAUCCUAUAAUACUUGAGUAGUGAAAUUUGAAAGGCCUUAAAUGAAUACGAUCCUGGUUA